AUGGCAACCUCACUCUCCGUCCCAACCUACCACGACCUCCCGGUCACCGCCCCCGGCCUCGGCAACUUCACCAUCCACUACAUCUCCGCCGGCGCCCCCACCGACCCCACCCUCCUCCUCCUCCACGGCUUCCCCUCCUCCUCAACCCAAUACCGCAACGUCAUCCCCCUGCUCAGCGACUCCUACCACGUCCUCGCCCCGGACCUCCCCGGCUACGGCCUCACCACCUCGCCCGCGGAAAUGAAAUACACCUUUGCCAACCUCACCGCCGCCAUCGCCGCCUGGCUGCUCGCGCUCGAGAUCUCGUCUUACGCUGUGUAUGUAUUCGACUACGGCGCCCCCGUCGCCUGGCGCCUCGCCCUCGAAAAGCCCGCGAGUAUCAAAGCUAUCAUCUCGCAGAACGGCAACGCCUACGACGCCGGGUUUGGACAUCCCUUCUGGACACCCAUCGAAGCGCUGUGGAAUGAGACGAAGCCCAACAGCGUCGCUGACCGCGAGUGGUUGCGGGAGAACUACCUCACUAUCCCCGCUACGAAGGGGCAGUACUACACUGGCUUCCCGGCCUCCGACCACGAGCUCGUGGAUCCCGUGCAACCGACGACGGAUUUCUGGAUGAACCUCCACGGGCGAGAGAAUCAAGAACGGCAGUUAGAUCUCUUCUACGAUUACCGCACCAAUCUCCCCCUGUACUCGAAGAUUCAGAAGUGGUUUCGCGAGAGCCAGGUUCCGAUGUUGGCGGUUUGGGGUAAGGCUGAUCCCAUUUUUGUGUGGGAGGGGGCGGAGGCUUUUAGGAAGGAUUUGCCUGAGGCGGAGGUGCAUGCGUUGGAGGCGGGGCAUUUUGUGUUGGAGACGAAGGGGUGGGAGGUUGCGCAGUUGAUUAAGGGGUUUUUGGGGAGGAAUAGGUGGUAA